CGACCGCCACGGACUCAGCGCCCGGCCAGCAGCCGACAGCGCCACAUUGCGCCUGCGCAAACCCUGUGGCGGGGCUAGAUAGCAAAGUGGUUAACUAAGCCUUGGUUGGACCAAGGCGGCGUCACAAGCCUGCGCAGGCGCGUUCCGCCUUCGGACACUGGUCGCUGCGCAGGCGCCCGUUCUAGUCACCUAUCCUGUAAACAGAGGGGCCCCCGGGAGGCAACUUCUGCUUCCGGGUCACGUCUUGACAGCGGCUUUCACCACCCAGGUCAGCCCUGCAGUUCGGAAUUAUGUUCUAGAUAAACCUAGUCCCUUGUUCUCUAUAAAAUCUCCGUCUGCAUAUGGUGCACAUGGGACCCAGCAAGCUCAAAGUCUUCAACACAUGCUGUACUAAGGGAGGAAGGAGGCAAGCAAAGCAUAAGCGGCUUUCAAAUCCUUGUGUUUUGUAAUAAUUACAUGGAGAGAUAUCACUGGCCUUCUGUCUUACCAACAGCCACCACUUAAAGGUCCACAGAGAAGAUCAACCCCUAACAUGCAUGGGAGCAGAUGUGAACUGUACCCACGGCACGCUGAAGCCCCUGCACUGUGCCUGCAUGGUGUCCGAUGCUGACUGUGUGGAAUUACUGCUGGAGAAGGGAGCUGAGGUGAAUGCCCUGGAUGGUUAUAACCGAACAGCCCUCCACUAUGCAGCUGAGAAAGAUGAGGCUUGUGUGGAAGUCCUGUUGGAAUAUGGUGCAAACCCCAAUGCACUGGACGGCAACCGAGACACCCCACUUCACUGGGCAGCCUUUAAGAACAAUGCCGAGUGUGUGCGCGCCCUCCUGGAGAGCGGGGCCUCUGUCAACGCCCUGGAUUACAACAAUGACACCCCGCUCAGCUGGGCUGCCAUGAAGGGAAAUCUUGAGAGCAUCAGCGUCCUUCUUGAUUAUGGUGCGGAGGUCAGAGUCAUCAACCUAAAAGGCCAGACGCCCAUCUCCCGCCUGGUGGCUCUGCUAGUCAGGGGACUUGGAACAGAGAAAGAGGACUCUUGCUUUGAGCUCCUCCACAGAGCUGUGGGACACUUUGAAUUAAGGAAAAAUGGCACCAUGCCACGAGAAGUGGCCAAAGACCAGCAGCUAUGUGAAAAACUGACUGUUCUGUGCUCAGCCCCAGGGACCCUCAAAACCCUCUCGCGCUAUGCUGUGCGCCGGAGCCUGGGACUCCAGUAUCUGCCGGAUGCGGUGAAGGGCCUUCCACUGCCAGCUUCUCUGAAGGAAUACCUGUUACUCGUAGAAUAGCCCAGAGGAGACGAGUGCACCGUCAGGCAGGCAACUCUGGGUGAGGUUUUGCCCUGCAGCACUGUCUCUGUCUUGGAAAACAGGGAAAGCAGUUGUUCCUGCUCUGUGGUUUCUAUUUCGAGGCAACAUGUCACAACAGUAACCUCCACAUCACCUCCCCUCCCCAAACCAAGCAACCAAAAACGUCCCUCACUUUUGUUUCUGUUUCUUACUUACCUGGCCUUUCAUAUUGCACCCUGAAAAGGAAGAGGUCUCCCUAACCCUCCCUUUAGGGAAAAAGUCAACAGUGAGACUAAAUUUGUCUCGGAAGAUGAAGCGUAUUUAUAGAACAUGUGUUUGGUUUUCCUUUGGGGACCUGAUUAACGUUUUCAGAAGAAUCCCUCUUAGAAACAUUUUAAUUGAUCUGUGAAGAAGUUUAAGAAAAUUCCAGCUAACAAUUGCAGCCCCCAAAUGAAGAUACUACAACCUCAAAUGGUGUGCAGGUUCAGAAUUGGGCUGGAUGAUAUCCCUAGAAUCAUCCUGGGGCAUUCAGAAGGGACUGGCCCCCUUUCUCACCAUCGAAGGGAAGGGCAGCCUUUGCUUCUUUUCCAUGGGUGUGCCCAAGGGUUACAGUAGUUCAGCAAUAUUAUUUUAGAAAGACGGUCUUGCUGCUUUACAUAUAGUAGAAGGGAUAGGAGGUUCUAAGCAGUCCUAAGAACUAAAAGUCCUCAGAACUUUUCUUCUAAUGCAGUUCUUUCUCCUCCUGACAGCCAGUUUGCUCUAGUGGGCUUGAUAGGCACUUCCUGCGCCGUAGGCAAAGGUGUUUGCUGUAGCACAGGAGGACGUGGGCUGGGCUGCCUUUUCUCUCUGGUCUUCUUCAUUCACUCUGCUAAGAGUUUGGAAUUUGUUUUGUUUUGUUUUCAGGUGUUUUGGAAACUUUACUUUUUACUGAUCUAUACUAGACAUUGGUGGAGGGGGUGGAGAGUUGAGGAGUGGGGGAGGAGCAUUAUAAGAGCUUCCUCAGAGAUGACCCACCUACCCGAAAAAGAUCUGUUUUAGUGAACAACACUUAGUCUACAGUACUCUCCCUUUUCAUGUUCCUAAACUAGAUCAAGUUGUUAUUGAUCCUAGAUGACCUUAUGCAAAUGUGGAAAACUUUUUUUUUUAACUGAUUGGGAACUAUAAAUAAAAAUGAACUGCUGACACAGCUAA